AUCGAAGAAAGAAUAUGGGUGUAAAAGUAGUGAUUUUCGUUUUAUCGUUAUGUAUUUUCGAAAGCAUAGAGAAAAAGAAUAAGAUCCAUUCGAGGGUAGCAGAUGAAAAUGGUCCCAUAGUGAAUAUUGAAGAUGGCGCCAUUCUUGGCAGAGUCGAUAAAACUGUGGAUCAAAACAAAACCUAUCUCGCCUUUCAAGGUAUACCCUACGCCAAACCACCAAUAGGCGAUCUGAGGUUCAGGCCACCAGUACCAAAUGACAAAUGGAAUGGUACCUUGAAUGCCACUCGAGAAGGAUCAUCAUGUGUGCAAGGUAUUCUACCUGUCACAGGAUCUGAAGAUUGUCUCUUCAUCAACGUUUAUACCACUAAUCUCACCGGAAGCAGACCAGUGAUGGCAUGGAUACAUGGUGGAGCCUUCCUAUUCGGGAACUCCUCCUACCAAAAAUUCGGUCCAGACUACAUCCUGGACGAAGACAUUGUCCACGUGCAGUUCAACUACCGGCUCGGCGUGUUCGGAUUCCUCAGCACCAUGGACGAGGCCUGUCCAGGCAACAACGGCCUCAAGGACCAGUGCUUGGCCUUGAAGUGGGUCAAAAAGAAUAUCCGCCAUUUUGGAGGCGAUCCGGACAAGGUCACCCUGUAUGGCGAGAGCGCAGGAUCGGCCUCCGUGUCAUACCAACUUCAGUCCGCAUGCGCGAAAGGUCUAUUUCGCGCAGCUAUCAUGGAAAGUGGAUCUUCCUUAUGUUUGUGGGCCCUUACCCGUGAUCCCAGAGCUACAGCUUUCAAAAUUGGUGAAUCAUUGAAGUUAAACACCAGCGAUUCUAAUCUAAUGGUGGAAGGACUAAGAAUGAUCAACGCGACCAUCCUUCAACAAGCUUCCCUCAUUUUAUCAACAGGGGAUUUGGUUGCAGACCCUUUAGCGGGUUUACAGUUCAGCCCUGUCAUCGAACCUCAUCACGAAGGGGCUUUUUUCUACAAUUACAGUGACCUGUUAUUAUCAGAGGGUCAAUUCCAUCGUGUACCAACCAUAAUUGGAAUGAAUUCAAAUGAAGGUGCUGUAGCAGGAGAUAUUCCAGAACUUCUUCGUCUGUACCUGGUCAAUUUCGACCUCAACCCAUCUUUGUUAGCUCCUGCUGAUUUGACCAACAGUUCCUAUAAGAGAGACAUCGCUGCCUUGCUCAUCAAAUAUCAUUAUUUCAACAUACUUCCUCUGAGCUUCCAGACGGAUUCAGUAAUCAAGUUCAUCAGUGACGAUCAGUUCAAUCGACCAAUAAGAAGAAUGGUUAUCGAUAUGAGUAGAUACUCACCAGUUUAUUUUUACAUGUUUUCAUACGAAGGUCUACUAGGAGGUGUUGAAGGUGAACGAAGUCUUAAGGGAGUUGGGCAUACUGAAGAGCUCGGGUACAUUUUCAGAAGUUACGUGAACGGAAGGGUUUCUUCAAGUGACGUCACGAUGAGGAAACGAAUGAUAAGAAUGUGGACGAAUUUCGCUAAAUAUGGGCAACCGACAAUCGAAAGAGAUCCCCUCCUGCAGAAUUUGGAUUGGCCUAGGGCACAACCAAGGAAUCUAGUCUACAUGGAUAUAAACUCGAGAAUGACAAUCAGGAGAAAUCCCUUUGAAAGCGAUAUGAGGUUCUACGACAGGAUCUAUAGAUUGUAUGGCUCUCCGCCAUAUAACACAUAUUAAAUGUAGGGGAGAUGUGGGUUAGACAGCCAACCUAGGGAGUUCUUUCAGUUUUCGACAAGAUGAGCAAUCAUUUGAUGUGUGAAUAUUAUAAUAGAAAAAGUGAAUUUUUUAUGAUAUAUGUUUGUUAG